AUGAAUGUCCUCAAGUUGCAGAGGUCCGUCGUUGCCGAACACGCCCCCUUCGAACCGAAGUUUCCUCAGUUCCAGCAAAACGAGAUAUUCUCUCUGUCUGAUGCCUUCCAGCGACUCGAUGUCGACGACAAAGGCUACCUCGACGAAGCUACUGCAAUAAAGGCGACGCAGCAGAGCGAAAACCAGCCGUACGAUGUCGUACGCCAGGCUCUGAAAGAGGUUGAGCUUGACUCUUCGCGCCGAGUCGAACUCGAGGAUUAUGUUGGGCUUGUUGCCAAAGUUCGCGAUGCGUCGUCCGGCCCGCCUAAAGCAACGUCUAUGCCCACACCUGAAAAGGGCGGCGGUGUCGUUUCCCAACGUACUGGUGGACAUGGUUCCAAGGGAAGUAUCGGCGGGAGAAUCCAAGUGCAGGGUUCUAACGCCAACAUCACCCAUACCAUUAACGAAGAUGAGCGCACCGAGUUUACCCGCCAUAUCAACGCUGUUCUCGCCGGCGAUGCUGAUCUCGGAUCUCGCCUCCCUUUCCCGACCGACACGUUCGAGAUGUUUGACGAUUGCAAGGAUGGUCUGGUUCUGGCCAAGCUUAUUAACGACAGCGUUCCAGACACAAUCGAUGAACGAGUACUGAACUUUCCUGGAAAGAAGACCAAGACUCUCAAUGCUUUCCAAAUGUCCGAAAACAACAAUAUCGUCAUAGAAUCAGCCAAGGGCAUUGGGUGUUCCGUUGUCAACAUUGGAGCCGGUGAUAUCAUCGAGGUUCGUGAACACUUGAUUCUUGGCCUUAUUUGGCAAAUAAUUCGCCGUGGUCUCCUUGGGAAGAUCGACAUCAAGUUUCAUCCCGAGCUUUACCGUCUGUUGGAAGAGGAUGAGACCCUCGAACAGUUCCUUCGACUGCCUCCGGAGCAGAUUCUUCUGCGAUGGGUUAACUACCAUCUAAAAGCAGCUAACUGGCCUAGGAGGGUGGCCAAUUUCUCUGGGGAUGUCAAGGAUGGCGAGAACUACGCUGUCCUUCUCGCGCAGAUUGGGUCCGAGUACGGUGUCACUCGUGCCCCCUUGCAAACCCGGGACCUUCAUCAGCGUGCCGAAGAAGUGCUCCAGGAGGCCGAGAAAUUGGGGUGCCGCAAGUUUCUGACACCCAAGUCCCUGGUUGCUGGCAACCCCAAGCUUAACCUUGCCUUUGUUGCCAACCUGUUUAACAACCACCCUGCCCUUGACCCCAUUACGGAAGAGGAGAAGCUCGAGGUUGAAGACUUCGACGCUGAGGGUGAACGUGAAGCUAGGGUUUUCACCCUGUGGCUCAACAGUUUGGACGUGCAGCCUGCUGUCGUUUCGUUCUUCGACGAUCUUAGAGACGGAUCCGUCCUGAUGCAGGCCUACGACAAGGUCAUCAAGGGUUCGGUUAACUGGCGUCAUGUCAACAAACCGCCUACGCAUGGUGGCGAGCUAUCUAAGUUCAAGGCAGUGGAAAAUACAAACUAUGCCAUCGAGCUUGGGAAGCAGAAUGGCUUCUCUCUUGUUGGUAUACAGGGAGCGGAUAUCACUGACGGCCAGAAGACGCUUACCCUGGCUCUUGUCUGGCAGCUGAUGCGGAAGGAUAUCACGCUCACGCUUUCCUCUUUGGCUCGGAAACUCGGAAAGAGAGAAAUUACGGAUUCUGAAAUGGUCAGAUGGGCGAAUGACAUGUCCAGGAAGGGAGGCCAGAGCUCUGCCAUCAGAUCGUUCAAAGACCCUGCUAUUGGAACUGGUGUCUUCCUGCUCGAUGUCUUGAAUGGAAUGAAGAGCAGCUAUGUCGACUACGACCUUGUCACUCCUGGGCAUACGGAUGAAGACGCUUACCUGAACGCCAAGCUUAGCAUCAGCAUUGCCCGCAAACUGGGAGCUACUAUCUGGCUAGUCCCAGAGGAUAUUUGCCAAGUCCGUUCUCGUUUGGUUACGACAUUCAUUGGCUCCUUGAUGGCUGCACAGGAGAGGAUGUAA